AAGAAACUCAAAAAACCCCACGAAACCACCAUGGAUACUCCAAAAUCUCCGCCGAUGCAGUUACCUUAUCUCCCUAGCACAAUCGAGAGUUCGAGAGACUUGCCGUGCGUGGGAACCAUGGAGAUCGUCCCUCCGAAACCCCCGAUCGGUUUCCUCUGCGGCUCCAUCCCUGUUCUCGCCGAUAACUCCUUCCCUACUUUCUCUUCGCCUCUCUUGCCCUCUCACGAAACAGUGAUUGCUCCUAGGUACCAGAUGGUUCCUUCAAAGACUGAUCUUAAUCGGCCUCCUCUGCUUACUGAUUUACCCCUCGCAGCCGUCAGAAUCACCCAAGAUGUAUCUAAGGAGGCUAAUGUUAUUACUUCUAACCUUAGCAAGAAAUGUGAAGCUCUUGCUGUCUCUGGUUUAGUGGACUACGGGGAUGAGAUUGAUGUCAUUGCGCCCGUUGACAUCCUUAAGCAGAUCUUUAAGAUACCUUAUUCCAAAGCUCGUGUCUCCAUUGCUGUUCAGCGUGUUGGACAGACUCUUGUUUUGAACCCAGGACCUGAUGUUGAAGAAGGGGAGAAACUGAUUAGAAGGCAUAAUAAUCAACCCAAAUGUACAAAGAAUGUGGAUGAGUCGUUGUUUCUCAACUUUGCUAUGCAUUCUGUGAGAAUGGAGGCAUGUGAUUGCCCUCCCGAGCAUCGUCCGCAUACAGAAGGACAGUCAAGUUCUUCUGCUCUUCCCGCUGGAGAGAAUUCCCUCCAUAGUGAUCCAGACGACAGACUUGACAACUCUGCAGGGAAUAGUAAACAGCUGAAACAAGAGGGUUUUAUUUGUGAAAAGAAGAAGAAGAAGAGCAAAAAGAGCAAUGCACAUGAGCGGAUGGUUAAAAAAACUCAAAUCAGUGAGAAGAAUCAAAAGAUCAAGCCUUCCAGAGACUCUGAGAAGCACACAAGAGGUGGGAGCAAUGAGUUUUUAAGAGUUCUGUUUUGGCAAUUCCACAAUUUCCGCAUGCUUUUGGGUAGUGAUCUUCUACUCUUCAGCAAUGAAAAAUAUUUGGCUGUAAGCUUGCACUUGUUGGAUGUCAGCGAAAAGAUUACACCUUUAACCUGGCUUGAAGCGUGGCUAGAUAAUGUUAUGGCCAGUGUGCCCGAAUUGGCAGUUUGCUAUCAUGAAAAUGGUGUCGUCCAAGGGUCCGAGCUUUUAAAAACAAACGAUAUAUUUCUAUUAAAAGGAAUCUCUGAAGAUGGUACACCUGCCUUUCAUCCUCAUGUUGUUCAGCAGAAUGGCCUUGCUGUUUUAAGGUUUCUUCAAUCAAAUUGCAAAGAGGAUCCUGGAGCUUACUGGCUUUACAAAAGCGCUGGUGAAGAUGUGAUUCAGCUGUUUGAUCUUUCUCUUAUUUCAAAGAGCCAUUCUUCAGACGAGAAUGACGACAGCGCAAGCACAUUACCAUCUAUGAUUCAUAGUGGGCGAAGUGACUCACUGUUUUCUUUAGGCAAUCUUCUUUACCGUGUCGGUCAUAGACUUUCUUUGUCUGUGGUGCCGAUUGAUAGGACCAAGUGUGCAAGGUUCCUCAGAAAAUGUUUGAAUAUCUUGGACGAGCCUGAUCAUAUGGUUGUUCGGGCAUAUGCACACGAGCAGUUUGCAAGGCUCAUCCUUAAUCAUGAAGAGGAAGUUGAUUUGACUUUUGAGUCUAACAAUGUGCAACGUGAAGUCGAAAUAACUGACCUAGAAGAGGAGUCACUUGAUCCGAGUACUGCUGAACAUGGAAGUGAGGGAGUAAUUUUCUCGGAAGACAAAUUAACUGAAGAAUACUUGGGUUCUUCUAUAUCGUCUUUAGUAUCUGUUAGACAGAAGUUGGAGGCAGACGUGUUACCCUGCAAGGGACAAUUAAGUUCUGAUAGUUCCGACAGUCAAGAUUCCCACAAUGCUGAAAGCUCUAUUGUCAACUCCACUUCCGAAACUAAUCUCGAUCUUGGUCAUGUAUGCCAUGCUACUGCGCCUCUUCUUGAGACUACAACUCAUCUGAUUUCAUCAAAGCUAGCAGCAGUUCACCAUGUUUCUCAAGCCAUAAAGUCUCUUAGGUGGACACGGCAACUACAGUCUUCAGAUCAUGAGGGUUUAUUUCAUGAUAUAUUGCCUCCUGCUGAUUUUUCAAAAUGUGCAUGUGGUGAUCCUGAUUGUAUUGAGGUCUGUGAUAUACGUAAGUGGCUUCCAACAUCUAAACUUGACAGAAAACUAUGGAACCUCGUUCUGCUUCUUGGUGAAUCUUAUCUGUCUCUAGGGGAAGCUUACAAAGAAGAUGGGCAGUUGCAUCAGGCUUUGAAGACUGUGGAAUUAGCUUGCUCCCUUUAUGGAUCAAUGCCACCAAAUUAUCAGGAGACAAUGUUUAUGUCCUCUAUGAACCAGUCUGUGUCAAAAACCCAUGCAACAGCCCAAGUUGAAGGUCUAGAAGUGGAACUUUCUUCAGCGCAGCUCUUUUGGGCAAAAGUGUGGAUGUUGGUUGGUGAUAUCUAUGUUCAGUUUCACAUUGUUAAAGGUCAAGAGCUCUCUAAGAUAGCAAAAGGGGCAUCUACCAAUCAGUUAAGAAUGCCAUCUGAAAUAGUAAAGGAGGUACAGAGGCUCAAGAAGAAGUUAACUGAGUACAGUCAAAAUUGUGCCUCGUGUUCAUUAGUAAAUUGCAGCUGUAAGAGUGACAGAGCAAACAGUGGAAGUAGCGCAAGUAGUAGUAGCAGCAGUGUGCCUCAUAAUAGAAAGCAGAAUAGAAAACUGAAGUCCAAAAAUGUCGCUAGCAGGCUUUCACGAAAUGAUGAAGAUGAACAUGAUAAUGUCACGGUUGAGAACAAAAGCAUUAAAGAAGAAGAAGAUAUGCCAGUGGGAACAACAAAAGCUGUCCCUCUGAAUCAGCAAAAAGAAUCCAACUCUAAGGAAACUCCAAGAGUAAAAAAGGGGGGAAUAUUCAAGUAUCUCAAGGGUUCUAAGACUGAUAAUGCUGAAAGCAAUCUCUUGGCUGCUUUACAUUGUUAUGAGGAAACACGAAAAGCAUUACAGUUACAGGAGCUUCCAAGUGGCUGUAACGAGUUUCAGUCACUUAAUAGAAAGAAGGGAUGGGUGUUUAAUGAACUUGGUCGGAACCGUCUCGGGAGCAAAGAGCUCAACAAAGCUGAAGACGCGUUCGCUAAUGCUAUAGUGGCAUUCAAGGAAGUUUGCGAUCAUACUAAUGUUGUACUAAUCAACUGCAACUUGGGUCACGGGAGACGAGCUUUAGCUGAAGAAAUGGUCCCAAAGAUGGAAGCUCUUAAACGGCAUUCUGCUUUCAAAAAUGCUUACGAACAGGCCCUCGAGACGGCAAAACUAGAAUACAGAAAGUCACUCAGGUACUACAUUGCAGCAAAGACAGAACUCAGUGCUGCCACUGACGAGGCUAGUUCAGUUCCUGAUGAUCUGAAAGUUGAAGUCUACACGCAGCUUGCACACACCUAUCUCAGAUUUGGAAUGCUUUUAGCAAAAGAAGACACAGCUGACGGUAUCUUGGAAACUAGUCAUGAUUCUUUGUCGAACAGGGAUUUGAGGAAACAUCAAGUAUCAGCAAGUGAUGCCAUAAGAGAGGCAUUGGCUUUAUAUGAAUCUGUUGGGGAGCAACGCAAACAAGAAGCCGCAUUUGCUUACCUUCAGUUAGCGCGGUAUCACAAAGAUUGCUGUUUAAAGUUUCUGGAAACACAAGGUCAAGAAAUCCAGAAGACAAAGCAGUACGCUUUGUUGGCAGAUAGGAAUUGGCAGAAGUCAAUGGACUUUUAUGGCCCCGAGAGUCAUCCCUCCAUGUUCCUUACAAUCCUUAUGGAGAGAUCGUCUCUCUCCUUCAUCCUUUCAAACUUCUGGCAACCAAACUCUAUGCUUGAAGCAGCUUUGUCUCGCUUACUCGAAGCCCGUCACAUUUCCAAAACAUAUGCGGAAUCACUAAGAACCGAGGACCCGGAGCUUUACUCAAAAUUCUGGGUCCGAACGCAGGUGGUUCUAAAGCGACUUCUGACCUUAUCUUUACCUGCGGCGGAAGGAGGAAACAAAUCUCAGAGCUCUGGAAGAUCCGGAGACUGUCGGAAACUCAGAGAGCUAUAUAAAGCAUCACUCAAGUCGACAAGUUUGAGCGACUUGAAUACAAUGCAUAUCUUGUGGACAUCAUCAUCUUAA